AUGACUUCGCUCCAACCCGAGCACGUACCCGUCGAACAAUGGCGAACGAUCGGUGAAGCCGUCGGUGCAGGGGAUCUGCCUGGUCAGUCUGCUGACUCUGGCCGCCUUCGCCACACCCGAGACGCACCUGCAGGAGCUGAUCAUCCCAGCUCAUAUGCCCGCCCUGUCAUGCCAGUCGACGUGAUUGAAUCCUUGUGCUACGAGUGCCACGAGCAGGUCAGUCAUACCUCAUCCCAGUCUAGCCUUCGGUCGGCUUCGUUCCCCCCCUUUCGCUGACCUCAUCCUCAUCAUUUCGUCCUGGCUCGCUUUCGCACGGGGGGCAGGGUAUCACUCGCAUGCUCUUGACCGUGAUCCCCUACUUCAAGGAAGUGAUCGUCUGUUCAUUCCGAUGCGAGCACUGCGGUCAGUCUACCGUAAACAUACACCCUGGCUCUGCUCCACUUCCCCCAACUUUGCCUAACCCUCAUCCCCUGCAGGCUACACGAACAACGACAUUCAAUCCGCCGGCGAGAUCCAACCCCUAGGCUCAGUCUACACCGUCAAGAUCACGACCCGCGCCGACCUCGAUCGCCAGCUCGUCAAAUCGCCUUCAUGCGUCAUCACCAUCCCGGAAUACCAACUCCAAAUCCCCGCGGGCAGGGGACAGUUCACCACCGUCGAAGGCGUGAUCGCGGAUACGAUUCGUGAUUUGGGUCACGAUCAACCGGUUCGCAAGAUCCAACACCCCGAUGUGUACGAAAAGAUUCAGACCUGGUUGACGAGGUUGAGGAUGAUCGUUGAUCCUGAAGAGGAAGAGGAAGAGGUGGAAGGGGCGGGCCAAGUCAAGGCCAAGAAGAUCGAUCGACCGAUGCCCGUCUUUACGAUCAAACUCGACGACCCUGCAGGCAACUCUUUCAUCGAGACGCAAGGAGGGUUGACCGACCCCAAGUGGUCCAAGAGGGAGUAUCAACGAGAUGCAGCGCAGAACGAAUCGCUCGGACUCGCACCCGAUGAUCCGGACUCCAUUUCCAAGACCCACGGUGGAAAGGAGACGAGUCAUUAUCCCGAAGAGGUGUUGAGCUUCCCCGGCACGUGCGCUUUGUGUGGGAGUGAGAUGGAGACCUUGAUGAAGACGGUCAACAUCCCCCAUUUCAAGGUGGGUGCUAGGCCCGUAUAGCGUCCAGGUCGAAGGAAUACCGGAAACUGACGCCAGACUUGCUUUCCCUCUCCCUCAGGACAUCAUUCUCAUGUCGACCAAUUGCCACGACUGUGGCUACCGGGACAACGAGGUCAAGUCCGGUGGUGCGACGGCCGACAAGGGACGCAAGAUCACGCUCAAGGUCGACGAUGCCGAUGAUCUAAGUCGGGAUAUCCUAAAGGUCAGUUAAGCGCACGCCCUUUCACCCCUUCAUCGGCUCUUGUCUGAUCUUGACUGCCUCCCUUUUUCAUCCCCAGUCCGAUACGGCCGGAUUAGAAAUCCCCGAGAUCGAUCUCGAAUUGAACCCGGGGACAUUAGGAGGGCGAUUCACGACGUUGGAAGGUCUCUUACAACAGGUGUACGAAGAGCUGGACGAGAAGGUUUUCGCGAGGGGGGACGCGGCGGUCGUAGGGGAGACGGAUCAGAUGAAGAAAUUUUUGGAGCAGUUAAAGUUGGUACGUACGAUUCGAGUAUCGAAUGUGCGGGAUCCUGACGUUGACAGCUACUGUGGAUCUUGUCCUUGUCACGAACAGGUGAUGGAAGCGCGCAUGCAAUUCACCGUCAUACUCGACGACCCCUUGUCCAACUCGUACAUCCAAAACCUUUACGCACCAGACGACGAUCCGAAUAUGACAGUGGAGAUUUAUGAACGCACGCACGAACAAAAUGAGGAGUUGGGUUUGAACGAUAUGAAGACGGAGGAUUAUGGGCAUGUCGACGUCAAGGAUUGA